AAGUCUCUGAUCCCACACCCAAGGUCGCGCCCUGUCGCGUCGCCCACCUUCCCUCCAGACUCUCCACCCACACGUCAGCGUCGCCCUCGAGACUCUAGCACGCCCAGCCGGUCGACUGACUAGUGGUGAUCGGGGAGCGUAUAGCACUUUCACCGCCGUUGGAGUCGCCCGCACUCUUGCAAGAGACGGCGCUUUUGUUCCCACUGCCGGGUCCCGAAGGUGGUAUUUGUUUGCUCUCGACAAGGUUCCUCAGCUUCCCUGCUGCCGUUGGUGGCACCAGGCCAACCUUCCGCCCUCCAAUCAACAUCAUCCUGCCAUCAAUGUAGUCGCGUGGCUUCAAAUAGUCCUUCUCGUCAUGGAAGACCCGUGGGACUUUGACUCGAACAGGCUGGUCCGGGAGCUUUGCACGGAUAAUCACUCCUGGACGCCGCCUUCCAAGGGCACCCGUCCUGACCCUGCCGCCCUCGAGGAGAAGAUUCUUGACCUCGAGGCGGAUGGCGAGUUUCUCUUGCGCUAUGCCGGCACCACAGUUGACGUGUUCGCCGAUCUGGGCAUCAAAAAAUUCCCUCACAAGCGCUUCUUGCUGGCAGCCAUUGAGCAGUUUCGAGCUCGCAGCAAGAAGUAUCGUCAUGAGGUCAAAGGCGAAUCAUCUCCUGGUAGAGAUGAGGCAGUUGAGCCAUCGGUAAAAGCUACGGAUGCUGUCAACUCCUCCUUCCCGCUUGGACCAGAGCCCCUCGUACCAGUCUCGUUGAUCGAGGCGAGGCCUGAAGCGGAUGAUGGCCCGCGCAAGAGGAGACGCCUAGCACCACGAAACGUCGAGCCCACGCCUAGGCGCGACACGCCUCGCGCAAUACCUAAUCAAGCCGACACAGUGAUUGGCUUCGCCCCGGUUGCCGCCAGCACUGAGGUCCAAACGGCUGCCAGCACCGCCGAGUCACAACAUGACUUCCAGCACUCAGUUUCCGAGCACCGCUAUUAUGCAAGCAGGCCCAUACUGUCGGACGAUUUCGAACCAGAUGCCGACCCGGCCGGAGAGGAUUUCGGCGUCCUUGACCCAGGGCACCUCGAAUUCUCGUUCACGUCGGGAAUCAGCGCCAGCCGCCCUGCUGGCCAUCGCAUUGCCAUGUCCCGGUCGAUGAGGAAGUACCUCCAGACUAACCUUCGCGGAGCGCCCCUUGCCGGGAAGAAAGUGCAGCGCGCAAGACAAGCCACUCCUGACGUGGUUCUCAGGCCGUAUGGUGAGAGCGACUCGGAAGGCUACGACACCGAUACCUGGAAGGAGAUGGAGGAAGAGCGACUUGAGCGCGAGCAGAAGACGAAGCAGCAAGAGACCUUCACUGCAGAUGAGAUUUCCGGAUUUUUGGAGAACUUGGUCUCAGAGCUGGAGGAAGAGUGGCGUACCGAGAAGCUCCCCAAGCACCAGAAUAAAGCCCACAGCGUCUGGAACAACGCUCGGCGUCGGGGAAGCAAUAGAGCGCACCUUCUCCGGCUGACGAAGAAGGAGGCGACUGAGCUCGAUGCUCGUCUUUCCAAGAUCUGCGACUCUAUCAGCGAUGAUCAGACCUUCCAAAAGGCGGACCUGCCUAAGCACCGAGAGUCUCUACAACCGACUGUGUAUGCCAGGAUGCACAGUCACUGGCUCAUCGGCGUCCUCAGCAGCCUCACUGAGCCUGAGCGACCCAAAGUUGCCCCAAGACCGCGACCUCCAAAGGCUCCCAAGGUCAAGUUGAUCGAAGAUGGCGUCGAGGCCGACGAGCUGACGAGCGAUUCGGAGUCCGACGACAUCGGCGAUUUCGUUGUGGAUGAUGGCGAUGUGUCUAUGGAGGGUCCUGCCCCCGAGGUGAUAGAGAAGGACGGGGACGCCGCCAUGGAUUCCCAGGACGACGCGAAUGUGGAUUCUGGAGUGACCGCCCCUGGAGAUUUGGACGUUGACGAGGACAGGAAGCCUCUUCUGUCAGACCUCGAACGCCAGCCGGCCCCUAGCCACGGAAUAACUCUCCCGGUUGACGAGAGUGAAGUCAUUGAUCUGACGGGAGAUACGCCGAAGAAGCCCCGCUACCCUGCACCUUCUUCGCUUCCCGCCGACUCUGUGCCACCUAUCGCGCUACCGGCAUCAACACUCAAUGACCCAGUAGGCAUUGCUGCCUAUGGGCUGGAACACUGGCAGAGCCUGAGCGAUGGCAAGCGGAUGGUCAUAACCAUGCUGUUCAAUCUCGACGUCGACACACGUUCGGAUGUCUUUUCGCGCAUCAAGUCACUUACGCCGGAGAAGAUCGAGAAUGAGCUUGUCACGCCCUCUUUCGGACAUGUUCAGAGGCCACCACUGGACAGCCAGAGCAGCCAGGCAAGUGUGGGCUCGCCGGAGCUUCACGCUGCCUGUGUCUUCACCCGACUGUUCUUAGUCUACACCGACCCCAGCCAGAAGCCCGACGCGCAGUCCUGGAUAAAGCGUGUGCUAGGAAGAGUUUCAGCGGAGAGGGUCUUGAAGACACGAGACAGGCUUGGCGAAUUCAGCAACUUCAUGGCCAGUAUCGCAGACACUUUCCCUCAGCCGGACAAGGUUCUCGAGGACGUCGAUUUCUCGGAUCUAGAGGUAGAAGGGUCUCCGUCUAAGAAGCGGAAGCAGGUGAAGCGUGACAAGGGGGCGAUGGACAUGCGAGAAAACGACAAGCGACGACUGGAGCAACAGGAAGAGCGGAGGCAUGCACUGCGCAGGCAACUGGCGUCCAUGGGCACCGUGUCGGGCGAAAAGUCGCGGCUUAUCAUCAACGAGACGAAGGAGGAGUCGCACGGCCUAAUCUACGUGACAAACCAGAUGGCUGAUAGCAUCAAAGACCAUCAGAUCCAGGGCGUACGCUUCAUGUGGAAUCAGGUCAUCGCCGACGAGGAAAACUCGCAGGGCUGUCUGCUCGCCCACACGAUGGGCCUGGGCAAAACCAUGCAGGUCAUCUGCCUCCUCGUCGCCAUAGCCGAGGCGUCCCUGUCGGACGACCCGUCCCUGUUCUCGCAGAUCCCCGAGGAGCUGCGGGAGUCCAAGACCCUCGUCCUGUGCCCGUCAGGCCUCGUCCAGAACUGGCUAGACGAGCUCGCCCGCUGGGCGCCGAUGGGAAUCCUGGGGAAAUACUACAAGGUUGAUGCGGAGCUUCCAGAGCUUGAAGACAGGUUCGGCGUGGUCCAGGAGUGGGCCAAGAACGGCGGUGUUCUCAUCGUGGGCUACCCAAUGUUCCGAAUCCUCUCCGAGAGGGGUUCAGAGGCCGAGGUCGAGCUGCUGAAAGAGACGCCCAACAUCGUGGUCGGAGACGAGGCACACCACAUGAAGAACUCGGCCUCCAAAACAAGCAUGCACACAGCCCGCUUCAAAACCAAGACUCGAAUUGCCAUGACUGGGUCCCCGCUGGCAAACUCGGUCAAGGACUACUACGCCAUGGUCAACUGGGUUGCUCCAAAUUAUCUUGGACCGCCCGAGGAGUUUGCCUCGGUCUACGCAACUCCAAUCCAGGAAGGCCUCUACCAGGACAGCAGUUCGGGCGAGAAGAGGAAGGCGCUCAAGCUCCUCAAGGCGCUCAAGGACACGGUUGCACCAAAGAUUCAUCGCAUGACCAUGGCCGCCCUCAAAGAUCAACUGCCGCCGAAGAAGGAGUUCAUCAUCUACGUUCCACUGACCAAGCUUCAGAUGGACGCAUACUCGAUGUACAUGGAAUACUUCUCACGCACCGAAGUGCGGGAAAAUAUGCCGUCAAUCCUGCAUCUGUUUGACCAAGUCAGCCAACUGAGCAUGCUCCUGGCCCACCCCAGGGUUUUCUUAACCAGGCUGAAAGAGAUUAAAGACAACUGGGGCAAGGGGACGGUCUCCGCGAAGUCCAGGGCGGCCAAGGACCAGGGAGAGAAGGGGAGUAGGGGUAAGGGGGAAUCUAUGCUGCCGCGGGACCUUGUUGGAGAACUCAUCAAGUGCCUCAAUGUUCGCGACUCUGGAGAGUUUUCACUGUCCCACAAGAUGGUUGUUCUGCUGCGCAUCUUGGAGGAGGCAAAAGCACAGAAGGACAAGGUGCUACUCUUCAGCUCCAGCAUCCCAACCCUCGACUUCCUCGAAAGCGUCAUGAAGACUCUCAGGAAGCCGUACUCGAGGCUCGAUGGCAAGACCGUGAUAUCGAGGCGCCAAGGCUUGGUCGCUAAGUUCAACCAGAACCUGGACGAGGUAUAUUUGAUCUCGACGACGGCCGGCGGCGUUGGCUUGAACAUCCAGGGCGCAAACCGCAUUGUGAUCAUGGACUUCAAGUGGUCGCCAGUCAACGAGCAGCAGGCCAUCGGGCGUGCAUACAGGAUCGGCCAGUCCAAACCUGUGUUUGUAUACUGGCUCAUUGUAGGGGGUACCUACGAGCCGAAGCUGCAUGGCAAGGCGAUUUUCAAGACGCAGCUUGCAUCGCGCGUCGUCGACAAGAAGAACCCGCACUCAUACGCCAACAAGUACUCGUCCUGGACAGAGCAGCCCAAGGUCAUGAAUCGGACGAGCGACUUCAGCAACGCAAUGGGUCACGACAAAGUGCUCGACGCCGUUUUGAAGUCUUCGGCUGACGCUAGCAUCUGCGAGGUGGCGCUUGGCGAUCUGUUCGAGGAGGAGGAGCCAGAGUCGACGCUUUCACCCGAAGACCUCGCGGAUGCCGAGAGAAUGGUCAAGGCGAACCAACUGCGUCUCGCAGACCCUGAGGCUUACGCAAGGAUGGCUCAGCAACAAGCUGCGAUUGUGCCGCCACCCCCUCCCGAGAUGCUGCCUAUGGGCUUGCGAGCACCACAACAGGCCGUCGCCCCGGGCUGGGCCGCCCCGCCGAGCUCCGUGGCCCGGCCGGCACAGGCGAACGGCGCUUCGUCAAAUGGACAGCCUGCUCCUAUAGAGACUCCCGUGCCUCUGCCAAGCUAUAUAACGCAGCAGGAGAAACAGAAGUCAAAGACACCUGACGCGGCGGUGCCUAACACAACCACCCCGGCUGCUAACCCCAUUGGUCAGAACACACCCCUUACGGUGGGGGUGCGCCGGGCGCAAGGGAAUGGACCCCAGGGAGGUCCUCAGCUUUCAAAGCCAGCCGAGGCCGUUCCUGCUCAAACCCAGGAUCCCCCAAGCGCAGUGGCUGCAAAGCCUUUGAGCGAAGCUCAAGGACCCACAGAGCCCAUCGCUGCGGCAGGGACCGCAUUCCGGGCUCAGGGUCCGUCGGACCUGACCCAAUCGGAAACCUUCCUUGCUGAGAUAAAAGCCCGAGCACCCGCUUUCGUGAAGAAGACGGACGAGAAGAUGGUCUCUAACAUUGCCCGAAUCUUCGGUUACGAGCUGAAAAAGAGGGACAGGACGGGACUGCCGUUGAUAUCGGAGACAAGGAUCAUCAUAGACACCCUAACUCGCGACGAGGGUGUCUGGACAACACUUAUCACCAAGAAUCCAGUGGACCUAGCUCGGAUAGCAUCUAAGAGUGUCUCCCAGCUUGAAGAGAUGGUCGAUAAGCACCUCGCUGAGCGCGCAGGUGCUUCUUCGACUAGCACUGAUCCCGGCACAUCCAGCAGCACGCCCAUACACAAAAAUGCGGCGGCAGCUCCUCGACAGCCGUCCCGCCCACAGGAUUCUGAUCGUCUGCAAAGAUUUGUGAGCCUGAACGGCGGGUCGACACAGGGCAGCCCGAGCAGCUCAGAGACUAGACAGCCGACCAAGAGCGAGCAGGACCUGGAGGUCAUGAACGAGGUCUUUCGACGUAGGAAGGCAAAGACGAAAUCGGGACGCGACAGGCCGGCGCGCAUGCCGAACUGGGCCGUGGAGGGCAUCCAGACGCCGCCGCAGCGGAGGGCGGGUGAUGAUCCGCAGACGCCCGUGGUGCUUGACGAUUAGAAGCCGAUGCUGCACCAGCGGGGGCCUUGAAUGUGACAUCUAUUCACAGCGCUCUUCUUUUGGUUUCGGGUUUUUUUUUAUUCGUUUGUCUGUCAGGUCUACGGGAAUCCCGCGGGAAAUGUCUCCUUUCACCACACAUUGCUUGUACAAACAAUCCUAGACUACGGUAACACCAUAUCGGCGGGGACUCUUUUGCGAUCCGGGAUGGAGCUUCGGGGGGAUACAAAACAUGACACUGGGAAAGCGUGGAGGAAAAAGAAAAGAGAGAGGGAAAAAAAACAUGACACAGGAUCAUCUCUAAUGGGCAUUUGUUUUUAGCCUCCACACAUAUACCCCAGCGCGGUUUUCACACCCCUUUCACUUUGUCCACUAUCGGACAUCAUAUUGGAGUACCGGGGAGAAUGGCGAGCUUGAACAUGUUAUGAGAUGCCUAGCCUUGUAAUUUUAUGAGUGUGAAGUGUGUGUGAACGCGUACAUAGGAAUGCUGCAU